CACCUCUCGAUCAAUAUCAAUUGAUCGUUCGACGGGCAUAUUGCUAUAUUAAGCCAGCCAGACACAUCAUGAGCAACGAUCACGCUGCGUUGUGGAUACAAAGCUUGUCGGGCGUCCCCCUGGAUCAAUUCGCCCCGGCGGAUGCCCUGCCGCCCCGUCCAAGCUCUUGCGGUCCCUCCGACGCUGACACCUCCCGCUCUGGCGAUUGUCGUCCAUCUAUAGUGUCGGCCGGAGGCUCUGCCUCCCGAUAUGUCGAGCAACUACUUAUGAAUGGGGUCAUGGAAAUUUCGAAUGAGUCCUUCUUCGUCUCCGCAGCGAGAAUUGGAAACCGGCUCCCGUUCGACCCCGAAUCUUUUUCCGAAGAGGCUUUAGAUUCAAUCGCCAAAGCUCAUCAAGAACGAUAUUUAGAAUCCUUCGAAGACAGUUUGGCUCGCCUGAAAGCGAUUAAUCUGGACCUGACCGAAGGAAUCGUCAAGGAGACAAAGACCUUUCAUACUGCUAUGAACGUAGUAUUUAACGAGACGAUCGAUCCAGGAACAGCCACCCUGGCGAAGCGUCGAUGCAACAACAUCGACUUACAACGCUCGAUGCUAUGGAAUUAUGGGCCGAAAUGCUUGCUAGAAGCUGGAUAUCACGAUCUCUCGGUGCCCAAAGUCGAUUCGACCCACCUCAUCGGCCAAUGGCCCGACCAUCUACAGGAAGGUAGCUCAUUCUACAAUGUCUGUCAUCGUGUCUAUGAAGCAGAAGACACACGUCGGACGUAUGGGAACCGUGGGAACUGGUCCGACAAGCCGCCUGUCGAAAAAGCUGUCUCGUUGCUAUCGCGUGCAGCUUUGCGGGAAAUGCACCGGUACCGCGAGAUAGCCGAGCAAUCUACCCACAGGUUUCGUUCUGCCCGACCACAACCGUCGGAGAGCACGGGAAUUAUCCCGUCCUCUUCUGUCAAUACGAAUUGCAGCCCGAGUUGAAGGAAAGAUGCAAGAACCGAGUCAUCAAUGCCGGGGUAUUCCAACAGCUCGACCUGGUCCGACUUGCAAAAUCGAAGCAGAAAAGCUUCUCGCUCGACCCUUUCAGUAUCGGCAUUUCGGUCACUGGGUGCGAGUGGCAGGUCAUGCUUGUCGUAUUCAACAAAGCUAC